AAUUUGCCUCUGGUCGCCUCCUGGACUUGUUCGAGAAUUCGCCACUGUCACCACUACGGCACUGGUAUCUCUGUGAAUGUAAUCCCUCCAUUCGUUGAUUACGUUGAUUAUUCGCAGCUGGUGAUAGAGCAGAAACUGGAGCUGGUACAGGAGCAGGUGCAGGUACAGGGAACUGUGCUCCCAGUGGAUUCCCGUCCAUCAUAGGUAGAAACGGGGGCAAUGGAGCCGUCAGCGAAUGUUGCAUCUGUUGAUGUAGAUGAUGCAUGUGAAGAUGAUAGUCGUACAUCAUCUUUUGUGGUGGUGGCAGAAAGGGCCCGUAGAAUGGCGUCGGUAUCGGGAACAGUGGCGGUUGGUUUACCAUAGCUCGACUCAAAUCGGAUGCUACCGAGCCAGCUGAUCCAUCGCCUCUCCGAUUCAACGACGAGCUCUGUUGUCGAUUGGCAGCACCAGGGGAUUCGGCUGAGGAGCCGUCUUGCUGCCUGUUCUCGCAUUCCUUGUUCAUUUUCGGCUGCUGCAGUGGUGGCGGUGGUGGUGGAGGAGGUGGAAAAAAUCCUGGGAAGUUAUGAAGAUUCCUAGGUGAUAGUUGGUCAGGUAGAUUUGUUCGCUGGUUCUCUCGUUCUCGCGUGAGAGCCUCCAUUUUUGUUGAUAAUUCGUCGACGAUUUGCCGUAGGGAAUCGCAUGAGGUUUUCAACGUAGUGCGUACAGCUUCGAUCUCAUUUGUAUGCUUCAAUGACGCCUGGCGUAAAGAACUGCACUGGUCGCCAACCCGAGACAGUUCAGCCUGUACGCUGAGUAGUGUGUUGUUUGACGCAUUCAACUUUUCGUCACAUUUCUUCGUGUAUUCAUUCAGGACAGCGGUCAUCUCGUCCUUGUCGGACCGCCCACGCAACUGCGCCUGUAUUCGAUUGACCGUUUCCAUUACUUGCUGGACGUCUCGUUGUUCACUUAUUAUUCGCUGUAGGCUACAAGCUAUUUUGAGCUUCUCCUGAUCUCCACACGACGAUAUCAGCGAGUUGAGCUCCUUGGUAA